AUCAUAGUGUGGUAGCCACAAAUCAAAGCCCAACAAGGAUUAGAUUAUGGAAAAAAGAAACAAGGUUGGUCUUUUACCGGUUCAACAAGAUUCUUCAAAACAUUCUUUCACAUGACUUUAGUUAUUACUUACUCUCUUGUUUCUUCCUUUGCCCAUGUUACCCAAAUACUCACCUUUACUCCAUUCCUUCCAUUACCAAAUACAGUUCUAAGUUUACUUUCCAUCAUGACUCUUGCUUCUCCUUCUUCCUAACUACCUCAUGCUUCUCUUCUCAAACCACCUAAUUUCCAACACCUUCAUCACCAAUUCAAGCAACUAUUAGUUCUUCAAACACAAAUUAACCACUCAUGCUUCUUUUUUAUAAACCAGAUAUCCCUUUGCACUCAACUGCAUCUUCUGCACGCAACUGCAGAAAAUAAUCUCUCGAAUAUGAAAGAGUUACAAUGAAUAACAAUUGGAUUAACCACUCAUGAUUUACUGAAAGCCGAGAGAUUGAGGUUAAACAGAGAACAAUGAACUUCAACAAUAUUUUCUUGUUCUUGAUUUUGCAAUUCAUCUUCAUUCUUGGUUGCAGUAGUUCUGAUAAUUCAGGAGUGCGAUUGGAUAUUCAAGAAAAACAUGUGAUAAUUGAUAAUGGCAUAGUCCAAGUCAAUAUAUCAAACCCAGAAGGAUAUGUCAUUGGAAUUCAAUAUAAUGGAAUUGAUAAUUUGCUUGAAGUUCAAAAUAAAGAAUUUGACAGAGGGUAUUGGGAUAUUGUGUGGGAGCAGGGUGGGGAGAAAAGAACUGAAAAAGGAGCAAAGAAAAAGGAUUCUUUAGACAGGAUGGAAACAAAUAAUUUGACGGUGAUAGUUGAAAAUGAAGAACAAGUAGAGUUAUCUUUCACUAGAAUAUGGAAUUUCUCUCUUGAGGGAAAGCUUGCACCACUCAAUUUUGAUAAAAGAUUUAUAAUGCUUCGUGGUUCUUCUGGAUUUUAUACCUAUGCAAUUUAUGAGCAUUUGAAGGAAUGGCCAGCUUUUGAUCUUGACAAUACUAGGGUUGCAUUUAAGCCUAGAAAAGAUAAGUUCAAUUACAUGGUUAUAGCAGACGACAGACAAAGAUUUAUGCCUCUGCCGGAUGACCGAUUACCAGGAAGAGGGCAAGUUUUGGCUUACAAGGAGGCCGUUCGCCUUGUUAAUCCAAUCGAGCCCGAGUUCAAAGGAGAGGUGGAUGAUAAAUACGAGUACUCGAUCGAGAGUAGAAAAAACCAAGUUCAUGGUUGGAUUUCCAUUAAUUCAUCAGAAUCAAAAUCAACUGGGUUCUGGAUAAUUACUCCUAGUAAUGAAUUCAGAUCUGCUGGACCCUUAAAACAAUACCUUGCUUCCCACGCUGGGCCUACCUCACUAUCUGUAUUUCAUAGCACACAUUAUUCAGGGGCAGAUUUGAUCAUGAAAUUUGGAGUAAAUGAGCCAUGGAAGAAAGUCUUUGGGCCUAUAUUUAUAUACCUUAAUUCUGAUUCUUAUGGGCUUAGCCCAAUCAACCUCUGGGAGGAUGCGAAACACCAGAUGGUUAAUGAAGUUGAAAGCUGGCCAUAUACAUUUCCUGCUUCAAAGGACUUUCUCUCAUCUGCCCAAAGAGGUAAAGUUGAAGGUAGAUUGCUUGUUCGAGAUAGGUUCAUCAGUGAUGCAUUUGUUCCGGUCAAAGGUGCUUAUGUGGGAUUAGCACCACCGGGAGAUGUUGGCUCAUGGCAAAGAGAAUGCAAGGGUUAUCAAUUUUGGACUAUUACUGAUGAUAAAGGCUAUUUCUCAAUAAUUAACAUACUUCCUGGUGACUAUAAUCUGUAUUCUUGGGUUAAUGGAUACAUUGGUGAUUAUCAAUAUAACAAAAGCAUUAACAUAACCUCAGGUAGUGAAUUUAAAUUGGGUGAGCUUGUUUAUGAGCCACCGAGAGAUGGCCCUACAUUGUGGGAGAUAGGUAUCCCCGAUCGCUCGGCCGCCGAGUUUUAUGUUCCUGAUCCAAAUCCUUUGUACAUAAACAAACUUUACCUCAACCAUUCAGACAGGUAUAGGCAAUAUGGUUUGUGGGAGAGAUAUGCUGAACUGUAUCCAAAAGAGGAUCUAGUUUACAAUGUUGGCACUAGUGAUUACAAAAAAGAUUGGUAUUUUGCUCAGAAUACCAGGAAAAAAGACAACAACACUUACGAAGGAACUACAUGGCAAAUUAAUUUCAAUCUUGAUAAUGUGAAUACUAAUAGUACCUACAAAUUGCGACUAGCUCUAGCAUCUAUUCAUUUUGCAGAGUUACAGGUUCGCAUAAACAAUUCAGAUGCAAAUCCGCCUUUAUUUACCACUAAAGUUAUUGGAAAGGAUAAUACUAUAGCAAGACAUGGAAUUCAUGGAAUGUACAGAUUAUACAAUGUUGAUGUACAAGGAAAUCUUCUUGUGAAUGGGAACAAUACAAUCUUUCUAACACAAGCUGCCAACAAUGGUCCUUUUGUAGGAAUUUUGUAUGAUUAUAUUCGUUUAGAAGGACCCCCUCAAAUACAUUUUAAUGAUUAGAAUUUAGAAUUAGAUAUUCUUUUGAAAAAUAUCAUAGUUCCAUUUAAGUUCAAAAAUAGAAAAAUAAAUUAUUGUUUAGCAUAUUGAUAUCUAAGAUAGAUCAAAUUAGAAAACCUUCUAAAA